AUGAGAGACAAUGAAACGGUGGAAGAUCAAUUGGAAAAGGAAUUGUAUAGUAAAGUGUGUGUUGUAAAGAGUAUCAAACAUUUCGUUGGAGAAGCAAGCAAGGAAAAAGUUUACAUGAAGGAGGAGGACAGAUUUUCCCUCAACUUGGCAACAAUAAUCGCAAGAGAUGAUGAAGUUGUUGCAGUAAGGUUAUAUGCUUCAUCCGAUGGUUAUAAAGUUUGCCUUUUUAAAAACUCUUCUUGGACGCCAGAUGAUAUUUCUUAUAUUAGAAAAGUCGAGACGUACUUGAAAAUUAUAUCUAAAUAUUCUCCUGCAACAUCAGAAGUUGUUGAGAAUACUGAGAAUGCUCUUAUACACGAAAUCAAGACAUACUGUUAUACUAAAGUUAAGUCUAGGUUUGAAAAACUUAAGAGAGAUAUAAUUGGUAGUCAGGAAGGGUAUAUUAAAUCUUUCACGGAUUUUGCUUCAAUCAAUGUUAAUAAAUUAAGUAAAAUAGAUAAAGAGGGAUUGUACAAAAUUUGCAAAAAAUGUUACAUGUAUUAUAAGAUAACCAAAAGAGAUCCUAAAGCCCAUCCAAAAUUCCUAGGAUAUCUCAAGAAAAUGGGGACUUAUGUUGGGUCUGUGAUAGAAAUAAUAGCUUGUGCAAAUAAACCAAAUCACAAAACUAUAUUCUCUAAAUUUGAAUUGCAUAAAAUGGAGCCCACUAUUAUAGCUGAUCAGCCCACAUUUUCAUGA